UGAAUGCAGAAGAUUCUGUUUUCUCGCCGGAGAUACGCCAGUUAGGGUUUCUGCAGGCUCUCCGGGGAACUGCGGAAGGUAGAGGAAAGAAGAUGGCUUACGUAGCAUUGAAGAAGAAUUACAAGUGCGUUCAGUCCCUGCAGCAAUUCUAUUCCGGAGGUCCUUACGCUGUCUCCUCCGACGGGUCUUUCCUCGUCUGCGCCUGCGAUGAAACCAUAAAAAUCGUCGAUGCUUCGAAUGCGUCGAUAAAGUCUACAAUCGAGGGCGACUCGGAGCCGGUCACGGCUCUCGCUCUCAGCCCUAACAACAGCCUGCUCUUCUCGGCCAGUCACAGCCGCCAGAUUCGAGUCUGGGACCUCUCUACCCUAAAAUGUCUUCGUUCCUGGAAGGCACAUGAGGGACCUGUGAUGGGAUUAGCUUGCGAUGCUUCGGGCGGGCUGCUGGCAACAGCAGGGGCGGAUAGGAAAGUGCAAGUGUGGGAUGUGGAUGGAGGAUUCUGUACUCACUAUUUCAAAGGCCACAAAGGAGUUGUGACUAGCAUUAUGUUUCAUCCUGACCCAAAUCGUCUAAUUCUUUUCACUGGGAGUGAUGAUUCCACAGUUCGAGUCUGGGAUCUAACAAGCAAGAAGUGUUUGGCUACACUAGAAAAACACCAAUCAACGGUCACUUCUGUCGCAGUAUCUGAAGAUGGAUGGACCUUGAUUAGUGCAGGGAGGGAUAAGGUUGUGAAUUUGUGGAAUUUGCAUGACUUUAGCUGCAUGAUCACAAUCCCAACAUUUGAGGCAGUAGAAGCUGUGUGCAUAAUUGGGUCUGGCUCUUGCUUCAAUGCAUGCAUUGCUUCUUCUUCGGAUCAACAUGGAAAGAAGAGAAAUGACAUACCAUCAAUUAAUUUUAUCACAGUUGGUGAACGAGGGGUGGUGAGGAUAUGGAAGUCAGAUAGAGCUCUUUGUAUUUUCGAGCAAAAACAGUCUGAUGUUACUGUCACUUCUGAAAGAGAAGAUACCCAAAGAGGGUUUAUUUCUGCUGUCAUUUUGCCAACAAGUCAAGAGUUGCUUUGUGCCACAGCUGAUCAGCAGUUUCUUAUUUAUUCUCCCAAGGAAUCUGAUGGUAUACUAGGAUUAGUUCUGUCGAAAAGGCUUGUUGGAUACAAUGAAGAGAUUGCAGAUAUGAAAUUUUUAGGGGAGGAUGAACAGUUCCUUGCUGUUGCCACAAGUGUUGAGCAGGUCCGAGUGUAUGAUCUUACAACAAUGUCAUGUGCCUAUGUGUUGGCUGGUCACACUGAAAUCGUUCUGUGCCUUGAUACCUGUGUAUCAACUGCUGGAAGAACACUAAUUGUUACUGGGAGCAAGGACAACAGUGUUAGGUUGUGGGAUUCCCAGACCAAACAUUGCAUUGGAGUCGGUGCAGGGCAUUUGGGAGCUGUUGGUGCUGUUGCUUUUUCAAAGAAACAUCAUAACUUCUUUGUGAGUGGUAGUAGUGAUCGUACAUUGAAAGUAUGGAGUCUAGAUGGUCUCCUGAAUGACACUGAAGAAGUUUUUAAUUUGAAAGCAAAAGCAGUUGUAGCAGCACAUGACAAGGAUAUUAACUCUCUGGCAGUUGCACCGAAUGAUAGUCUUGUUUGUAGUGGUUCUCAGGACCGCACUGCUUGCAUUUGGAGGCUUCCAGAUCUAGUGUCUGUGGUCACACUCAGGGGGCAUAAAAGAGGGAUUUGGUCUGUGGAGUUUUCUCCAGUUGAUCAAUGUGUGAUUACGGCAUCUGGAGAUAAGACCAUAAAGAUAUGGGCUAUAUCUGAUGGUUCGUGUUUGAAAACAUUUGAAGGGCACACAUCAAGUGUAAUUCGAGCAUCAUUUGUUACACGCGGCACUCAGUUUGUUUCUUGUGGUGCUGAUGGUUUAGUGAAGCUGUGGACAGUCAAGACCAACGAGUGUCUUGCAACAUAUGACCAACAUGAAGACAAGAUUUGGGCUUUAGCUAUUGGGAAGAAGACAGAAAUGCUUGCAACUGGUGGCAGUGAUGCAGUUAUCAAUUUAUGGCAUGACUCCACAGCUUCAGAUAAAGAGGAAGCUUUUCGUAAAGAAGAGGAAGGUGUUUUGAGAGGACAGGAGCUAGAGAAUGCUGUAUUCGAUGAAGAUUACACUAGAGCAAUCCAGAUUGCUUUUGAGCUUCGCAGACCUCAUAAGCUUUUUGAGCUAUUUGGUCAACUCUGCAGAAUGGAAGAGCCUAGAGUUCACUUGGGGAAAGUUUUGCAUGCUUUUGGCAAGGAAGAAAUUUGCUUGCUUUUGGAAUAUAUCCGAGAAUGGAAUACAAAACCAAAAUUCUGUCAUAUAGCACAGUUUGCUCUUUCUACAGUAUUCACCAUGCUUCCACCAACAGAGAUUAUCGAGAUAAAAGGUAUAGGAGAGUUGCUCGAAGGCAUUAUGCCGUAUUCACAGAGGCAUUUCAGCAGGAUAGAUAGGUUGGAAAGAAGCGCUUACCUAUUGGACUAUACUCUAACAAGCAUGUCGGUCAUUGAACCUGAAGUCCGUGCUGGUGGCUUAACAUGGAAAUCGGAAGAAAAAGAUGCUAGAGACACUGUUGAAGCAGCAGAUGAUGGCUUAACAUGGAAAUUGGAAGAAAAAGAUGCUAGAGACACUGUUGAAGCAGCAGAUGAAGGGCAACUAGGAGAAGGUGAUUUAACAGAGCAAGAGGCCAAUCAGGAAGAGAUUAAAACCAAGAUCUCUUCAAAGAAAAAGAAAUCACACAAGUUGAGAGACAUUGAACCAUCAGAAGGAGAUUUAACCGAGCAAGAGCCAAAUCAGGAGUUGACAACCAAGGUGUCUUCAAAGAAAAGGAAAUCACACAAGUCGAGAGACAUUGAACCAUCAGAAGGUGAUUUAACCGAGCAAGAGCCAAAUCAGGAGUUGACAACCAAGGUCUCUUCAAAGAAAAGGAAAUCACACAAGUCAAGAGACAUUGUACCAUUAGAAAGUGAUUUAACAGAACAAGAGCCGAACCAGGAGGAGCUGAAAACUAAGACCUCUUCAAAGAAAAGGAAAUCGCACAAGUCGAAACACUGAACCAUUAAGAGGCGAUUUAACAGAGCAAGAGCUGAACUGGGAGGAGUAGAAAACAAAGACCUUUUCGAUGAAAAGGAACUCAUAGAAGAAGUUGAAUGGCAAAUUGGCAAGAAAGCAUAGGGAGAGAGUAAGUUGUUGGGUUCAUCUUUAGCCUUCUGUCUCAUGUAAUUAUCAAAUUUUGUCAUGAAUCAUGAGUGAACACAUAACCCCCAUUGAGACUUCUCACGCAAGGCCAGGUAAAGUUGCAUGCCGUACUCAUGUGAUAUGGCCUUGUGAUGUUAGUAUUUGGGUUUGUUACACAUUUAAAUUCUAUUACAUGUCAGUUAUACAAGAAGAUAAACUAAAAUGAGCA